GUGCGCCGGCCGUUACCUGUCAGCGGCGGCGGGCGGAGGAGGAGGCGGCGGCGGCGGUGGCGGCGGCGGGAUGGAGGGGCUCAUCCCGCUCGUUAACCGGCUGCAGGAUGCCUUCGCGGCGCUGGGCCAGAACUGCCUGCUCGACCUGCCGCAGAUCGCGGUGGUGGGCGGGCAGAGCGCCGGCAAGAGCUCCGUGCUGGAGAACUGCGUCUCCAGGGAUUUUCUUCCACGAGGUUCUGGAAUUGUGACAAGACGACCAUUGGUCUUGCAACUCAUCACUGCCAAAACAGAGUAUGCUGAAUUUCUACACUGCAAAGGGAAGAAAUUUACUGAUUUUGAUGAAGUUCGUCAGGAGAUUGAAGUAGAAACAGAUAGAGUAACAGGAAUGAACAAAGGCAUUUCUUCAGUUCCUAUUAAUUUAAGAAUAUAUUCUCCACAUGUCUUAAGCCUGACCCUUAUCGAUUUGCCGGGAAUCACUAAAGUGCCAGUGGGGGAUCAGCCUCCAGAUAUUGAGCAGCAGAUCAGAGACAUGAUAAUGCAGUUCAUCUCUCGAGAGAACUGCCUGAUCCUGGCUGUGACUCCAGCUAACACUGACCUGGCCAACUCAGAUGCCCUGAAGCUGGCAAAGGAAGUGGACCCUCAGGGCCUCAGGACCAUCGGUGUGAUCACAAAACUGGAUCUGAUGGAUGAAGGAACAGAUGCAAGAGAAGUUCUGGAAAACAAACUCCUCCCUCUUCGUAGAGGUUAUAUUGGUGUUGUAAACAGAAGCCAGAAAGACAUUGAUGGGAAGAAGGACAUAAAGGCAGCUCUUUUAGCAGAAAGGAAAUUCUUUCUUUCUCACCCAUCCUACAGGCACAUGGCAGAUCGGAUGGGAACACCAUAUCUCCAGAAAGUUCUAAACCAGCAACUUACCAAUCAUAUUCGGGAUACCCUGCCAGCCUUCAGAAGCAAACUCCAGAGCCAACUGCUCUCUAUAGAACAUGAAGUAGAGGUAUACAAAAACUUCAGACCAGAAGAUCCCACCAGAAAAACGAAAGCCCUAUUGCAGAUGGUACAACAGUUUUCAGUGGACUUUGAAAAAAGAAUUGAAGGAUCAGGAGAUCAAGUUGAUACGCUAGAGCUUUCAGGAGGUGCCAAAAUCAAUCGUAUUUUCCAUGAACGUUUUCCCUUUGAACUCGUGAAGAUGGAAUUCAAUGAGAAGGAACUGCGGAGAGAGAUAAGUUACGCCAUCAAGAACAUACACGGGAUCAGAACAGGUUUGUUCACUCCAGAUAUGGCGUUUGAAGCCAUUGUUAAAAAACAGAUAGUUAAGCUGAAAGGACCUUGCUUAAAAAGUGUGGAUCUGGUGAUGCAAGAGUUAAUCAACACUGUCAAGAAGUGCACUAAAAAGUUGGCAACAUAUCCAAGGUUGUGUGAGGAAACAGAAAGAAUUGUUGCUGGCUACAUUCGUGAAAGAGAAGAGAAGACCAAGGAUCAGAUGCUGCUGCUCAUUGAUAUCCAGGUUUCUUAUAUCAACACCAACCAUGAAGACUUCAUUGGCUUUGCAAAUGCCCAACAAAGAAGCAGUCAGGUUAACAAAAGUGCAGUGGGAAAUCAGCCACAGGUCAUCCGGAAAGGCUGGCUCACCAUCAACAACAUUGGCAUCAUGAAAGGAGGAUCCAAGGAAUACUGGUUCGUUCUGACUGCAGAGAGCUUGUCCUGGUAUAAAGAUGAUGAGGAGAAAGAGAAGAAGUAUAUGCUGCCUUUGGACAACUUGAAAGUGCGAGAUGUUGAAAAGAGCUUCAUGUCCAGCAAACACAUCUUUGCAUUGUUUAACACAGAGCAGAGGAAUGUUUACAAGGAUUACCGUUUCCUUGAGCUAGCCUGUGACUCCCAAGAGGAGGUGGAUAGCUGGAAGGCAUCUCUGCUACGAGCCGGUGUCUAUCCUGAUAAAUCCUCAGGGAGCAACAAAACUGAAACUGAAGAGAAUGGCCAAGCAGAUAAUUUUUCAAUGGAUCCCCAGCUGGAAAGACAGGUGGAGACAAUUCGAAAUCUUGUGGACUCCUACAUGUCUAUUAUUAACAAAUGUAUCCGAGAUUUGAUACCGAAAACAAUCAUGCACCUCAUGAUCAAUAAUGUAAAAGAAUUUAUCAAUGCAGAGCUGCUGGCUCACCUGUAUUCUUCUGAGGACCAGAACACUCUGAUGGAGGAGUCGGCGGAGCAGGCGCAGCGGCGGGACGAGACCCUGCGCAUGUACCAGGCCCUGAAGGAGGCUCUGGCCAUCAUCGGGGACAUCAGCACCAGCACGGUCUCCACCCCUGCUCCCCCUCCUGUUGACGACUCGUGGCUUCAGCAGGCACGCAGAUCACCUCCUCCAAGUCCUUCAACUCCGAGGAGACCUACACUGAACAAUCCCCCAACCAGACCCUUAUCUGGCCGAGGACCCGCUCCUGCAAUCCCCUCUCCAGGCCCUCAGUCGGGGGCUCCCCCAGUCCCGUUCCGCCCUGGAGCUCUGCCUCCGUUUCCCAGCGCUGACGCCCAUGGAGGACCUCCCCAGGUUCCCUCUCGGCCCAGCCGGGCUCCUCCCAGCGUGCCAAGUCGAAGACCACCCCCUUCACCUACUCGGCCCACUGUAAUCCGUCCGUUAGAUUCAUCCCUGUUAGACUAA